CGGUGGAGGAAGGGGCGGAACCCUUGCCCGGGAAACAGGCUUCCUACCGGAAGAUUCAAUUGCUGGCCUGUUUUCAGGCGAGGAAGGAAGGUUUUCCUCCCUCCCUCAAUCCUCCCCCUCGGGGGCCCCCUUUGGCGACUUGGGGGACCCCCUCCCCGCCACGGCCCUCUGCAGCUGGGGGAAGCUGCGGGGGAUGAGGAAAGGAGCGCUUGGCAUCCAAGCCUUUAAUUCCAGGAUAAAGUCUGCUUGCUGCUCAUCAGCCUCCAGAUUUCUUUUGGUCUUAACGCUACAUGCUUAAUGGCUCUGCAUUGUGUUGACACCAAAUUUGGAAGAAGUAGAAAGAGUUCCUUUAGACUUGCUGGACUUUAGACUCUUGGGGCAUAAAAAAGAGAUGGAGGAACAAGACUUGGCUGGUCCUGAAGAAAAUGAAGGCCCUGGUACCAGACUGGCUGAGUGCAGUGAAGAAUGCUGGGAAAGAACAGGGCAGGAGAUUUUGGAUAAGGACAUGGUCAGCACAGAGGCUCAUCGCCAGCGUUUCAGAGGCUUCUGCUACCAGCAGGUGGAAGGUCCCCGAGAGCUUUGCAGCCGCCUCCACCAUCUUUCCCGCCAGUGGCUGCAGCCAGAGCGACACACCAAGAGCCAGAUGCUGGACCUGGUGAUCCUGGAGCAGCUGCUGGCCGUCCUGCCAGUGGAGAUGUCCAGCUGGGUGCGGGAGUGUGGAGCAGAGAACAGCUCCCAAGCGGUGGCCCUGGCCGAAGGCUUCCUCCUGGAUCAGAUGGAACAGAAGCAGCAGCAGCAGGUGAGGGCCCAUCCUCGUGGUGGCUUCAAAGGGCGACAUAUCACCCAAUAGGGGAAGCUCAAAAGUAUUGGCCUCUCUCAUUCUUUUUCCAGUCCUCCUCCCAUUUCUAGUCAUGGAUCU